GGGAAGGCGAGACAGCUCAAUCCUACACAUGACAUCUCAAUCUCAAUCUCUUUCGUAGUGUUUUUUGUUUUUAAAUACAUAAAAAACCAUUCAUUCUGUUUCGUUCCACUCCCUAAUAGCUGCUACAGUUACAGCAUAACUUCUAUUCUAUAUUUCUUUCUACUCGCAAGCAAAUCAGAAGAAGAGAAUGGCAGCAGCAGAGGGGCUAAACAGAGAGCAGUACGUGUACUUGGCGAAGCUGUCGGAGCAGGCGGAGCGGUACGAGGAGAUGGUGGAGUUCAUGCAGAAGGUGGUGGUGGGGUCGACGCCGGCGUCGGAGCUCACGGUGGAGGAGCGCAACCUCCUCUCGGUGGCCUACAAGAACGUCAUCGGCUCGCUGCGUGCCGCGUGGCGCAUCGUCUCCUCCAUCGAGCAGAAGGAGGAGGGCCGCAAGAACGACGACCACGUCUCCCUCGUCAAGCACUACAGAUCCAAGGUCGAGAACGAGCUCACUCAGGUCUGCGCCAGCAUCCUCAGCCUCCUCGACUCCAACCUCGUACCCUCCGCCUCCGCCAGCGAGUCCAAGGUCUUCUACUUGAAGAUGAAGGGCGAUUACCACCGCUAUCUCGCCGAGUUUAAGGUUGGGGACGAAAGAAAAACCGCUACUGAGGAUACCAUGUUGUCUUACAAGGCUGCCCAGGAUAUUGCUUCUGCGGAUCUUCCCCCUACUCACCCCAUCAGAUUGGGUCUUGCUCUCAACUUCUCCGUCUUCUACUAUGAAAUCCUCAACCAGUCUGAUAAAGCGUGUGCCAUGGCUAAACAGGCUUUUGAGGAAGCAAUUGCUGAGCUGGACACCUUGGGAGAAGAAUCUUACAAAGACAGCACGCUCAUAAUGCAGCUUUUAAGAGACAACCUCACCCUUUGGACUUCUGAUGUUCAGGACCAGCUAGAUGAGCCCUGAUAUCCCUUAUAGGUUGAUGGGUGGUAUUCUUCCUCUCAUGGAGGUGGGCUUUGAAUGUCAUUUAUUUGUGCUAAUUAAGAAUCGCCCUAGUUUAUAAAAUGAUUGGCAAUCUGUGAUAUAAUGUUGUAUGAACAGAGACCAGGCUUCUUUUUUUUGUGUCAUAUGGUAUUGGAAAGGAUACUGUAUAAUGGGAUAUCCAAUUAAUUAUUAUCUGUUGCAAUCUUUCUUGUGUUA